AAAAUUCAUUAGAACACCCAGCAACAACCAAUAUUUUAAGACCUUUUCCCCUGCUAAAUCAUGGUGUAACCUUUGUGCCCUUAACAGUAAUCUUUGACCCCCUGACAGUAACCAUACUCCUCAUGGUUACCCUUUUUGAGAUAUUUCUUUACAGCCAGAUGUCCUUCCUUAUGUCAACUACUUCAGCCACUUUUUAUAAGUCAAAAGAUAACAUAUCUAUUCCAUAUAACAUACUUGCAGGAUAUAGGAAAGAUACUGUUGUUAUAUUCAAUGUCGUUGGUAAAUAAUGUGGUAAGCUGGCAGAAUUGUUAACAUGUCAGGUAAAAUGCUUAUCAAAUUAGCAGAAUCAGGUAGUCUUUGCAGGAAAAGCAGAAAUGUAAUAAUGAGAGAAGAAAAGGAUACGACACAGCAGAGACGUGAAUGGCUCUAAGUGAAGAAAGACUAAGAGAAAACCUGUAGGUUUGAGAGCUACUUUUGUAAGGGAGUUUCCCAGAACAUUCUAGUAGUUGAAAGUGAAGAAUUUUGUAGAUGGGUAGGCAACAAUCAUGCGAAGGGAGAUAAUUCGACGAAUUACGAACACUGAAUCAACAGGGAGGUCUCGACAUGGUCAUUGAAUCUGCUAAAAUAGCAGCCAAAUAUCCCCUACCAUUAUGUAAUAUCGAUAGAAGGAUUUUUAUCGUAUGUCUAUUUAUUAAAAUUACUGAUCCCAUAAUUAAUUAGGAUAAUUUCCCCUCGUUUGCAUAACAUAAGUGAAAAGUACCCAACAUCAUUUAAACCAAUGAAAAACCUCUUCCAUUCGGCAGAUUUGAUUUAUGCAAAGUUGGGGGCUAAUGCAGAGCAUUUUUUUUUUCGAAAAAGUUCCUUCAAUUUCUUAUGCGUUAGAUGUCGGAGAUUACGAAUAUAUUCAGUUACGGUCUUGUCCGGUCUGUCACAGAUCCAAAAUUUUUACACCUGCAAUACGGCAGAUUUUAUUUGAUUCGUAUAAAGUGGACAAGUGGCCCCUUUUCAACGUCUCUAUUCUCAUAUUUCUACAUUGAAUUAUUCCCACCAACAUUCACUAAGUCUUGCCAGAACACGCAUUUCACACGGGAGAUCAAUUUCCCAUUGACUUCGAUGUCUGAAAGGAGUGAGAGCUUGUGUGUUUUAAAUAUAUCUCGGUGAGAAUUUAAGAGACUGGUGGCAAUGAAUAUAAAGUUAGCAACGUCAAUCAUAAAGGCAGCGGUUUCGACGGAGGUGAUGAAUCGAUUACACCGACCCCAGUGUUUCAGUUGUACUUAUUUUAUCGACUCCGAAAGGAUAACUGGACUACGGCGGAAUUUGAACUCAGAACAUAACGAUGGGAGAAAUACCACUAAACAUUCCGUCCAGUGCGCUACCGAUUCUGCCAGAUCGCCGUUUUAAGCAAUGUUAUUCAGAAUGAAAUAUCAAAUAUAUCUUUUAGAAGAUCACCACCACGGCCGAUGGAGACAAUAACGAAGAUUCGUUUAUCAGAGCCAGAUGUUAACCACAGUAACCAUGGUGAUUUGCAUCAUAAUAUUAACACUUUUGGUUUUACUUACUAGAGAGCGAUUAAUGGAUGACUUUGGCACAAAAUAACUUUUUUAACAUUGGAGACAUUUGGAAUAUUUACCAUGUUCUAAAGACUAAAAGAAAAUGUUUUAGAGAACAAAUAUAAUAACCUAACUGCUAUAAAUCUAGACUGGAAUUACUGUGAAAUAUUUGCUCUGAACGAAGAUUCAUAGCACCAUUUCUGCAUCUCAUUAUCUGGUGUUUUUGCAUUCUAAUUAAACUUGAAUAUAAUUGCAAAGAAGUUUGCAGAAUUUUAGAUAUCAAUAAAAUCACAGUUGAUAGCAGUUGAAAUAUUUCUGGGGAAUAAAUUAUAACAAGAAGAAGAGAAAGGAAAUUGCAUGCUUUGGUGAGAGAAGAAAUAUAAGGGAAAAAUUUAAUACUGUGAGAAACUUCAAUGGUUGGGUCUGUUUGUAUCCCUCAGAGAAAUGUCAAAAGAAUUGGGAAAAUCACAACAUUGUUGUGAAAUCUGUGGUAAAUCAUUCUCAACAAAUAGUAAGUUAGUUAAUCACAUUCAUGUUCAUACAGGUGAGAAGCCCUUUCACUGUGACACCUGUGGUAAAUCAUUCUCUCAAAAAGGUGCGUUAAUUAACCACAGACGAACUCACACAGGAGAGAAACCAUUUCACUGUGUUACCUGUGGUAAAUCAUUCUCUGCAAAAACUAACUUAACUAAACAUAAACGUAUUCACACUGAAGUGAGACCACAUCACUGUGAUAUCUGUGGUAAAUCAUUCUUUCAAAACAGUAACUUAACUAAACACAUACGUAUUCAUACAGGAGAAAAACCAUUUCACUGUGUUACCUGUGGUAAAUCAUUCUCUCAAGCGGUUUCCUUAACUAAUCACAUACAUAUUCACACAGGAAAGAGACCAUACCACUGUGAGAUCUGUGGUAAAUCAUUCUCUAAAAACAGUACCCUAACUAAUCACAAACGCAUUCAUACAGGAGAGGGAGCAUACCACUGUGAUAUCUGUGGUAAAUCAUUUUUGCAAAGUAGUGCCUUAACUACACACAAAUUUACACAUACAGGAGAGAGACCAUACCACUGUGAUAUCUGUGGUAAGGCAUUCGCUGAAAAUUCUCAGUUCAGAAGACACAGACGUAUUCACACAGGAGAGAGACCACAUCAUUGUGAUAUCUGUGGUAAAUCAUUCUCUCAAAACACUCACUUAACUAAUCACAAACGCAUUCAUACAGGAGAGAGACCAUAUCACUGCGAUUUCUGUGGUAAAUCAUUUUUGCAAAGUAGUGGCUUAGCUACACACAAAUUUAUACAUACAGGAGAGAGACCAUACCACUGUGAUAUCUGUGGAAAGGCAUUCGCUGAAAAUUCUCGGUUAAGAAGACACAAACGUAUUCAUACAGGUGAGAAGCCUUUUCACUGUGAUACCUGUGGUAAAUCUUUUUCUCACAACAAUGCCUUAACUACACACAAACGUAUUCACACAGGAGAGAAACCAUAUCACUGUGAUGUCUGUGAUAAAUCUUUCACUGACAACGCGUGCUUUACCACACACAAACGUAUUCAUACAGGAGAGAGACCAUAUCACUGUGAUUUCUGUGGUAAAUCAUUCUCACAGAGAAGUCAGUUAACUAGACAUGCAUCUAUCCAUGUAAAAGUGUGAUUGUAUCAUUGUUAAAAUUUAAAACCGUUUCCCCUGCUAAAUCAUGGCGUAACCUUUGUGUAAUAAUUUCUGCAAUGACAUCUUUACCAAAUUUAUGGAGACUGGAGAAAUUUUGGAGGAGAAGAUGGCUGGGAAUCAUAAUCCAAAGACUUCAGUAGAUCAUCCUGAUCUUCUUCUAAAUCUAAAUUGGUGAUUCAAUACUGUUGCUCUUUAAAUAUUCACAGAGAUUUUUCUCUGGUGGAUAUCUAUACCACUGAUAUUGUUUGGAAGACCUUAGAAAUUCUGUGAUGGUGAUGGUGUUCAAAAUACAUGAAACCAAUUCCAAGACAGACAUUCAUCGCAGUGGAAUCCCCUCAUUUCACCUGGACUGUCACUCAUUAGUGUGUGUA